GUGUAUUGCUUUCGGAUUGCUUUCUUGGCUGCCUUAACUGUCUGAAUGGAAAUAGGAGACUUUUUGUCCAUAUGUUUUCAUUGCCAGUUUUUAGAAGAACGAUAAGAACACUCAGUUAUGCGAAGAGAAAUAUAUCGACCAUUCUUCACCGAUCGCAGGAUGUAAAUUUGUCACAAUUUUCAAGCAUACGUCAUCGUGUAUUUAUUUGUUUACAGUCGCAACAGAUUUGUACCUCAACAAAACCAAUGGCUACAUCAGAGAAAAUCGAAACUAUUUCUACACAAAUGGAUCAAUCAAAAGAAUCCAUCAAUGUGAAUCUUUCCAACUGUUCCUCUGCUUGUGAUGUCUCAGGAACAGAAAGUCACUUAAAAGUAACUCCCCCGUCAUGUGUAGCUGGAAUGAAGAUUCUUGAUAAGGAGAAAUUCAAGAAGAAAGUCACAGUGCAAGCAUUACCAGUAAAAAAGAAGCAAUUGCAACUAUUUGCCAAAUAUUUCGAAGAGUGGAUAUUUAAAGAGUGUCGGGUAAAUUUGAAGAAUAUGGACACUGAAAAAGAAAAAGAUUUCAAAACCCUAGUUUUCCAUCCAGAUAAAGUAACAUGUUUUCAAGAUCUCGGAGAAGACUUUAGGAAUCAAUUGAUUAAAGCUGAAGUUGACUUAAGUAAUUGGUUUGAAGAUGAAGUGGAGUUGAACUAUGACAGUUGGAAAGCCAAAGACAUUCUACAGGCAAUUGUUCCUAAAGAACUAGGAAUAGUGUCCGGUUACUCCAUUGUUGGCCACAUCAUACACUUGAACUUGAAGGAAGAACUCUGCGAUUAUAGACAAAUCAUUGGUCAAGUGUUGUUGGAUAAAAAUAACUAUAUCAGAACAGUUGUGAACAAACUCAACAACAUUGACAACACUUUCCGAAACUUUCAGAUGGAGGUCAUUGCAGGAGAAGAUGACACUAUCACAACAGUCAAGGAAAAUGGAGUUUCAUUUAAAUUUGACUUUGCAAAAGUCUACUGGAAUUCAAGGCUGGGUACAGAGCAUGCCAAGAUAGCUAAUCAACUGGACAAGAAGGAUUUGAUGUUUGACGUGUUUGCUGGAGUUGGACCAUUUGCAGUUUUAGCCGGGAGAAGGGGUGUAGAUGUGUUUGCCAAUGACUUAAACCCACAUUCUUACAAAAGUCUGUUGGAAAAUCUUGCUAUCAAUAAAGUGAAAACAAAAGUAAAUUGCAGCAAUUUGGACGGCAGAGAUUUCAUAAAGUUUGUCAUGAAACCUGAACUUCUAAGAAGAUGGGAUUUAAGCUAUACAAGAUAUCAUAAGACAUAUGCUGUUAUGAAUCUGCCUGCCUUAGCUGUGACAUUUUUGGAUGAAUUCAUCGGUCUAUUGUCAGACAGAGCUAGUGAUCAGGAUACUUUCCCAGAUCAUCUGAUUCCUUUUGUUCAUUGCUAUGUCUUUGGGAAGGCAGAAAAUACUAGUCAAGCUGCCAAGGAGCUUGCAGAGGAGAACCUAGGGGAGCCACUACCAGGUGAUGCUACUGUAAGGUUUGUGAGGAAUGUAGCUCCAAACAAGGACAUGUAUUGUGUGGUGUUUAAUUUCCCCAGACACCUGCUGUUCAGGAGUGAUGGAAAGACUGCAAAAUCUCAACAACCUUCAGAUGAUGAGCCACCAGAGAAAAAGAAGAAGCCAAAUGAAGAACAGUGAUACUUUGUUUACUAUGAAAAAUAGUGAUAUCAUGUGUAUGAACAUAAUAUUUCUGACAAAAAAAUAUGAGAGUGAUUUGUGGGUUAUUUCACAGAUCUGAAAGUACAUAUGUUAAUUGUGAGAAGUAUUUACAUUAUAAAACCAACACAUCAAUCCAUUUGGUACUUCUUUGGUUUUUAUUUGACAAGUGGAUAUCAUUUGUCAAUUUCUUUUUUAAUUCCAAAACAUAUUACCUAACUAAUUAUGUAAAGCUGACCUGAUGAGUAUUGCCAGCUAGCUAUAUCUACCAUGUUGAUCUUCAGGACAGUGCUUCCAAUACUGAAUGAACUGAAAGGGACAACUUCAAGUUCAAAUUAAUAAGAUCAUUCAAUUUUUAUCUCGCCUGCCCAAAAGGCAAACUAAGCUUAUGUCAUGUUGUCCAUCUGUCAUCUGCCAUCCAGCCAUCAUCAAAAUUUUCAUUUAAACACCUUCUCGAAAAUCAGAUGAUAGAUAGUCAUGAUAUUCAACAAGCAGGGAUGGAGCCCCACAAAGUCUGCAAAGAAGAAACACCCUUGACCCAUAUUCAAGGUCAUAGGAGUCAAAUUUGUUAAAAUACUCUAAUUGCUUCUUCUGAUUUUUAACAACAAAGUCUUGAAUCAAGAUAUUUUACUUGUAUUUCUCUGGAUGACACCUAAUAAAGUCUAUAAAAUGAAAUUACAUUGACUUAAAUUCAAGAUCACAGGGGUACACUCGAAACACUUCUCUUGUUGAACAAAUUCAAGGUCACACUCGAAACACUUCUCUUGUUGAACCAAUCCAUAUGAAAUUGGGAAAAAAUGACAUUCAAAGAAUUGACCACUUACUUAUCAUGUCUGAUCAGGAGUUUAAACCCUGGGUUAAAGGCAAGUGUGGUACCACUGUGCCACCACCAAAUAAAGUUUACAAAUAUUGAAAAAAAACCUCUGUUUUCUGAUUAACCAAAUGGCCCAUAAACAAGAUGUUUGGCUGGUACAUUUUUAGGCUACAGGAGUCGGUUUUAAGUUUGACUGAAAGGCAGAGAAUCGUCAAAACUGUAAAUACAAUUUAGCAACACAGGCCCAUUCAGCCUCUUGUUUUGCUAAAGCAGCAACAACAUUUAUGUAUUUACCAGAAUGUUAUUAGCAACAGGUACUGUUGCUUCUGGGGCAAUACAGCUGUGUAAAUUAUAUGACCCAGUAUUAACAUACAGUGACUAAUUAGAUGUUUUUUUACUGUAAAUAUGACUGUAUAAUAAAUAUAAAAUUUCUAAACUUGGAUUAUCACAAAUAUUGUUAAUUUGUUAUGGCAGCUCUUAGUAGAUUUUUGUGAUGGUUACUCCAUGCUUGUAUCAUUCAUAAAGUACUAUAUCUUUGUAGAAUGUUGAAGUCUUUCUCCUGGUACACACUAUCAAAGUGUGCACUUUGUGUCACUGUGAACCAGUUCAUCCAAUUACCUAACUUGCCCAGACAAAUGAUAAAGCUUGUGACAGUUUAUAUCACUUAUACAUGUUGACAUUGCACUAUUUGUAAAUUCCAUAUGUAUAUGGUUAAAUAGUGAGUGUAUUUAAUCUGUAUACAUUCAUCACAAAGUUCUGGUUUCAACAAAUAUUGUAAUAAUUCAUUCAUGGAUCACUAUAAUCAAGUUUCUUCCCCCAAAAAGACAUGCAUACAUAUAUGUAUAUACAUGUAUAUAUUAUAUUGUAAUUCCAUGAUUUAGUGAUUUGGCAGUUUUACCAGAAUUUUAAGAUAUUACACAAUGCCAUUAUAUAAAGAAGAAUUUACAUUCUUCAGGAGGUAAGCCUCCAUACGGUAUAUUGAAGAAGAAAGAAAUUGUGUCUGAAAAAAAUGGAGAGUACCCAGAUAGAUUGACAUGGAGACCCUUGUAAAAGUACAAGCAGAAUUAAAUUAGUAAAUCACUUGUGAAAAAUAUCACUUUUUUCUGAUUUGAUCAAAACACUGCUUACAAGCGACAAUCGGGGAAAAAUAAAAGCUGACCUGGUA